UUCUAGUUUGACAACUGAGUUGACUGUAAAAAAUUUGUUAUUUUAUAAAAUUACUUACAUAUUUAGUUAUAUUUAUUAAAAUAUGUGUAAUGUAGAGCAAGUUGCUGACUGUGGUGAUAUUUUAACACUAGGGAGAGCACUUUUUAUUCCUGAAAAAGAAGAUGAAACCUGGCUCUCCAAAUGUUCAGUAUCACUGUCAUCUUGUGGGAAUCUGUUAGCUGUAGGGUAUAAGAAACGUCUAUGUUUCCUAACUGCUCAAUGGAUAAGUUCUAUUGAAAGUAACACUUAUUUAGUAUCCUGGAGUGGUACUCUUCCAUCGGAAGUAACGUCGGUUCUGGCUUUGUCUAUUUGCCCUUCACAACAAUCAUCUCAGAAUGGUCCUGAUUGGUUUUGUAUAGUUGUUGGAUUUAUAAAUGGAAGUGUGGGAUUUUACACCAAUACAGGACAUUUAUUAUUACUUGAAAAGCUAGAAGAGAGGCCUGUUUUAAGAAUAUCAUGCCAUACAGGGACUUUUGGAACACUACCUGAUGAUAUACACAUAUUUUUUCAAAGUGGUGUUUGUGUGCUCUCUGGAUCAAGUUUGUUUCAAACACUUCGAAAUGCCAAGGUUCAACUAGCUAAAGUGCAAGCUGGUAUCUUAAGUGAGUAUUCUAUAGAUAGUAAAAGUAUCCAAAUACGAAAAUGGAUUUUUACUGAACAAGAACAAAUUAAUGAUGCUGCAGUUGUUGGCCUUGAUUUAAAAAAUUCAUAUGAACAUUUCUUAGCGGCUUCAACUUACGGAGGAUAUGAUACAUGGUAUCGCUCUAUUCCUCCAUUAAACACUUUAAUUCUUACAUCUGGGAUUUUACCUUAUAUUGGAUUUCAUUAUGCUAUGGAGGGUGGAACUACACCUCCACUUCAAGAUGUUGCUAGAGCUGUUGCCAAUAAAAUUAAGUCUGCUCUACCGGGAUGGCUGGGGGGUUCGACUGAAAGCGCACCAUCUAAUACUGAGCCUGUUAUAAGAGCAGAACAGCUGUCUAUGCGGAACGGAGUAUUUGACUCGCAAAGACAAGGCACCUUAGUUGCGAUAUCUCCGGAUCGUCGCCUAGCUGCUUUUACAGAUAAUUUAGGACGAGUGGCUAUUUUGGAUGUUACAAAAGGCUAUAUCAUAAGAAUGUUCAAAGGCUGCAGAGAUGCUCAGUGUGCUUUCAUCCAAAUUUUUGAUGCUGAAAAUAAGAAACCUCAACUUUCCAUGGUUAAAGAAAUGCGUAGAGCUAUGUUUCUUAUAAUUUAUAAUCCAAAAAAGGGUUUAAUUGAUAUAAGAUUAAUGCAAAGAGGAACUAGAAUCGCAGUUUUCACAGCAACAAAAAAUGGGAAACUUUUAUAUAAUACUUGCGGAUUAAUAGGAGCAGAAAAAAGUUAUACUCAUAAAAAGCUAAACUUGCCCGAGUUCCAAUGUGUACUCAUUGACCCCGAUGGUAAAUUAAAAAAGUUUAAUAUUCCAUUCUAUUAUUCGCUCGGAGGUGAACAUUUGGAAAGGUCUAAAGAUCUCCAUGUAUUAAGAAGCAUUCGUGACAUCAUAAAAAAGACAACAAAAUUAUCAGAAGAGGCAAAGGUAGAAAUUAUAGAAAGUGUUGAAAAAUUAAAUACUUUGGAGAUAAAGAGACAUUGUUUGGAAAUGUUAAUUAAGUCCUGCGAAUCUGAUAUAUUGAUUGCUUGUCUAGAACGGGUUUGGGGCAGUUUGUCAAGUGAUGACGUAAUUAACCAACAUAAUGAAAAAUUUAAGAAUUACUUCGGCAAUUUAGCACUGGUAACACUUUUCCAUAGACGCAUAUGCAGUGAAGAUGUUGAUGAUAUGCAAGAUUUAGUUGUUAAAGUACGUAAAGAAUUCGGCGUUGAAAAUAAUCUUGAUGACGUUACCAACGAUCAAGAUGAGAAUCUUGAAUUUAAUCUUUUGGAAGAUGAUAACUGUAUAUUAGAAAGAUUAUUCAUUUUGGCUCAAGAAAGAGACUUUAAAGAGCAUCAGGCUAAAGUAACUUUCGCUGAUAAUCGUAUCAGUACGUACAAAGAUUUUGUAUCUUGUUUUGAAUUAGAACAGAAAAAUAGAUAUAUUUCUUUGAAACAAGAUAUACCAACUGAGAAAUUUAAUAAUUUAUCUUGCGAUAUUUUUAAAUCUGUCAUACGUUUAAAAGAUUACUCCACACUGAGCAAUUUUGUCAAAAGUAGUAAAGUUGAUCCAAAAGAAAUCGUUAAACUUGUCAUUACACAUUUGAUGAACAUGCCACUUGAACAAAUCAAUCUUGAUUUAAUUGAAAAAAUUAUAGCAAUUCUUUAUUAUCUGUGCAGCGCUACAGAGGAAGCGACUAAUGUAAUAUACAAUGAAAUAUCUCCAUGGUGGGAGAAUAUUCGCAUGAUGUUGGUGGAACAGCCGUGUCCCUUAAGGAGUAUGAUAGUUGCAAUGGCAUGUAAGGCUGUUGUUAAAAUAUUUGAAACCAAAUCGUCAGAAAAGGAAGACGCAUGGGAGUCUGUGACCAAAGAGAAUGCUAAGUGGGGUAUAUUAAUUGGCAAAUUAGAAGAUAUAUCAAUUUUAAGCAUUGUAUUAUUGUUUAAAGCUGAUAUUAAGGGCCAAUCAAUACCGAAAUUGGCUUUCGAAGAUAUAAAUAUCAACUUGAAAUAUAUUUAUUCUAGAGGAAAAGGUUCAAUAACUGAGUUGAUUGCUAAGUGGCUCUGUAACAUGGGCGUACCGCCGUCUUCAAUAGCGGCUAAUGAGCUAAUGGAAAAGUAUGAUCCAGUUUUAAAUUCUGAUCCAAGUUCUUUAGAGGAUGAUGAUAGAGCAGAAAUUCUGUAUAUGGAAAAUAACCGCAGCUUAAUUGAGGAUAAUCCACAGAUAUUUAAAUGGCUGUCACUCCUACGUCGACAAUUUCCACUAAGCACGACAACUGACUACAUAAUUGCUAAUAUGUCGUGGGAAUAUGCCAUGGAGUGGCAGAAAUGUAUGAAUAAAACUGAUCAUUUGGAUAUGGUUAUACAUUGCUCGCAGAUCAUAACGAACGUGCGCUUAAGGCUGGGCAUGUAUUCGAUAAUUUGGUCAACAUAUAUAAAACACGUUUUUGAAACCUGUUGUCGUCUUGUCAAUAAAGUGGGGAAAUUACCUAAAGAUCAUUUAUGCUUACAAGAUUUAGGAUUUAAAAGCGAAACUUUAUCAAGUUUUUUAAAAAUUUGUACUUUUUAUUUAGACGAGUUCUAUUCUUGUUCUAUGAUGUGUGUUGAUGCAGAAAAACAAUCCAUACAGUAUGAAAAAAUUUGGGACGAAAGCGUGCCAUCUUUAGUAGAAGUAGCGCAAGAUACAAAAAAUGACAAUAGUGAAAUAUUAAAAUUGAACUACCAAAUAUCUUGUACGCUUUACUACCAAUGCCACUUUAAAUUAAAGUUUUCAAAGCCGUUGGACAUUCUUUACGACAUCGAUUAUCAGUAUAUUUUGGAAGCCCUGACUGGUAAUGUUGUACAUCGAGACAUUAGCGCGAAAGGUUCGGAAAAACUCAUGAGUCCAAGAAUGAAAUUUUUGACGAAACUUAUUCGCCAUGCUAUCGAAACUAUAAGCUGCGAGGAAAACGAUGAAAAGUCAAUCUUAUAUCAUGAUGAAGAAUGUGUACUUUGGAUCCAAAAAAUAUGCUUACUCGCCGAAGUAUGGGACAUCGAUAACAACUUUGUAUUUCGACAGGAAGUAAUUGGCUUAUACCACAUGGGUUAUGAUGAAAUAGCAGAGGCUACACUGGGUAUGAUUAAAGAACCAGAGUUGACGUUAGUACCGAUUAUAGCCAUCACAAUACAGCGCCUGAAACGAAGUUUGGAAAACUCUAAAAAUCAAGCAGAAUGGAUUGUGUCAAUGCCACCACAGCUUUACAAACGACUACAGAAUACGGUUUUAGAUACAUCGAUUCCGGCUAAUCCGUCAUUGGCAACAACGAUACUCGUUUUACAAAAAGUAUUGUCCGAAGUCGAGAAAAAGUCCUCAGAAACGGAAGAUCUGAAGCAGAAUGUUAAACUGACUCGACUUAUAAUUGAAAGCUGUGAAUUGUUAAUAAGACGUAAAUUAUAAUAUAUUUAUAAAACAGUUAAUUAUGCUAUUUAAUGUUUAUGUUAAUUAGAAUGUUCUUGUAUUUAUUAUCAUUUUAUAUCAGAAAAUAUCUUUGUUAUUGUCGAUGAGUCUUAAAUUUAUAAGUUUGGAUUAAAUCCAACUUAAACUCAACUAGACAUCAUCAGUUCUGGUAUGUGAAAAGAUGUUGUUAUUUUUAAAUAUGUUCUCGAUCACAGUAAACAAGUUCACAUCACUUCUGUUAAUGUUUUUCUGUUUUGUAAUUAUUUGUUUUAUUUAUAAAAAAUAAAAGAUUAUUAUAUUAAA